AUGUCUUCCUCUUCAAAUCAAAAGGAUUCAGAUCGCAUAUCUUUUAGUACUGAAUCUAAAUAUGAAAUGAAGGAAAUUACAAAAAAUUCUGACGCAAAAAGUCCAGAACAAGAUAAUAUCGUCGAAUACUUCGAAAAUACUACAGGUAUACCAGCUGCUGUGAAUGAUUCUGACUCUGAUUUCGAGUAUAACGGUAAAAAGAAGAUUCUGCCUUCUUUUAACAUUAAGCAACCUCAUUUAAGAAAAUUAAUCGAUUCUUUCAGGAGAGCUGAAGAUAUUGACGCACCAACUAAUCGUGACAUCGAAAACGAAUUGACUACCACUCUUUCUCCUUUGUCUGCCACCAAAGAUCCUCAAUUUGCUCCUCACGCGGAAGAAAAAGAUGAUCAUUUACAAAAGACUAUUAAGCCUCGUCAUGUUUUGCUCAUGUCUUUAGGUACUGGUAUCGGUACUGGUUUACUGGUCGGUAAUGGUUCUGCUUUGCAUAAAGCAGGUCCAGGGGGUCUUGUUAUCGGUUACGCUAUCAUGGGAUCUUGUCUUUAUUGUAUCAUCCAAGCAUGUGGUGAAAUGGCCGUCGCUUACAGUGGGUUACCAGGUAAUUUCAACGCGUAUCCUUCUUUUUUGGUCGAUGAAGCAUUUGGUUUCUCUGUCGCUUGGGUUUACUGUCUUCAAUGGUUAUGUGUUAUGCCUCUAGAAUUAGUCACUGCAUCAAUGACAAUUCAAUAUUGGACGACCACAGUCAAUGCAGAUGUUUUUGUUGUUAUCUUUUACGUUCUAAUUAUAUUCAUCAAUGUUUUUGGUGCCAAAGGUUACGCUGAAGCAGAAUUUUUCUUCAAUUCAUGUAAAGUACUGAUGAUGGCAGGUUUUUUCAUAUUAGCGAUUGUUAUCAACACUGGUGGUGCAGGUAAUGAUGGUUAUAUUGGCGCCAAAUACUGGCAUAACCCAGGUGCAUUUAGAGGUGACAAAUCCAUUGAUCGUUUCAAGGACGUAAUGUCCACUUUCACGACAGCUGCAUUUGCCUUUGGUGCAUCAGAAUUCAUUGCCAUCGGUGCUAGUGAACAAUCCAACCCACGUCGUGCGAUUCCAUCUGCUGCCAAGACUAUGAUCUACAGAAUUUUAUUCAUUUUCUUAACCUCAAUUACUUUAGUCGGUUUCUUGGUUCCUUACAAUUCAACAGAAUUGAUGGGUUCCGGAAGUGCUGCUACAAAGGCUUCUCCCUACGUUAUUGCUGUUGCUUCUCACGGUGUUAGAGUCGUUCCACAUUUUAUUAAUGCAGUCAUCUUAUUAUCCGUGUUAUCAGUGGCUAAUUCCGCAUUCUACUCCAGUUGUCGUAUCUUAUAUUCCUUAUCUCAACAAGGCUAUGCACCAAGUUGGUUUAACUAUAUCGAUAGAGAAGGUAGACCGGCUAGAGCAAUGAUUAUGUCCGCUUUGUUCUCUGUUAUCGCCUUCUGUGCAUGUUCAUCCAAAGAAGAAGAUGUGUUCACUUGGUUAUUAGCUAUUUCAGGUUUAUCUCAACUAUUUACAUGGAUUGCCAUUUGUGUGUCACACAUUAGAUUUAGAAGAGCAAUGAAGGUACAAGGAAGAUCUGUAGAUGAAAUCGGUUUCAAAUCUCAAGUAGGCGUAUGGGGAUCAUCCUAUGCAGCCAUCAUGAUGACAUUAGCUCUAAUUGCAGAAUUCUGGGUCUCCAUUGCACCAAUUGGUGAGGACCAUUUGGACGCUCAAAAUUUCUUCGAAAAUUAUUUGGCCAUGCCAAUUUUAAUUGUCCUCUAUUUCGGAUACAAGAUAUGCAAAAGAGACUGGAAAUUGUUUAUCAGAGCAAAGGACAUCGAUUUAGUGUCUCAUAGAAAGAUAUACGAUGGUGAACUUAUCAAACAAGAAGAAGAAGAAUUUAAAGAAAGACUAAGAAACGGCCCAUUCUGGAAAAAGGUCGUUGCAUUUUGGUGUUGA